UUCUGAUUCUAAUCAUCUCCACGCUGUCAAAUGAAACGCGGACAGGCAAACGCCAGGACAGCCUCCUCUUCGUUGCACGCUGUGGAGUUUCCAGGGAGCUUUUGGGCGGAAAGUUUGCGCGGAACCACCAAAACAAACCUUGUGUUUCCAGGAGUUUUUGUUCAGACUGGUUAACCCCGCAUCUUUGGAGACAGGCUUUGGAAGCUGAGCGCGGUUUGGGCGCUUCGUUGUCACCGUAAAUGGAGUCAUCUCUUGAGUUUUCCAGCUCUCUGGGGAGCGUAUCCUCACUGCUAACCCGCUGUCGGACAUUCAAAGUGCUGGUGAUCGGGGACUCCGCGGUGGGGAAGACGUGUCUCACGCACCGACUGUGCGCCGGAGAGUUUCCCAUCAGACCGGAGGCCACCAUCGGCGUGGACUUCCGCGAGAGGCUGCUUGAAGUCGACGGAGAGAAAAUUAAGCUCCAGCUGUGGGACACGGCAGGACAGGAGCGCUUUCGUAAGUCCAUGGUGCAACACUACUAUCGCAACGUCCACGCCGUGCUCUUCAUUUAUGACGUCACCUGCCCGGCCAGCUUCACCAGCCUCGCCGCCUGGCUGGAAGAGUGCCGGCAAAACUCCCUCGGCCAGGAAAUACCCAGGUUCCUGGUGGGGAACAAGAGCGACCUCCGUGACCCCAGCAGGACCGGCCGCCAGGUGAGCCAGGAGCAGGCCACGAGCUUCGCCAAAACCCACGGCAUGGUGUUUUUCGAGACGUCUGCGAAGAACCCGCCGAAGAAAUGCACGAAGGGACGACGAGGUGACCGCGAGGCGCCUUAUCAGCAGGACAACGUGGAGGACGUGAUCACGGCCGUUGCUGCCAAACUGAAGAAACAGAAGAAACCCUCAAUGGUCAACACACCGAUGUACGGAGGGUCAUUUAAAAUCGGGAACAAGAAAAAACCAGACAAAGAUCAGUGGAACUGCUGCUGAGAGAGACAAGACAGACAAACGAGACUUUUUAGCUGUUAAUAUGCAGGUUUGUGAGAAUGAACAUGUGCAGAUUGUUCAUUUGUGACCAAAAAUCUGGAAAAGUUCACACAUGAAAUCCAGUCGCUCCCAUGCAAAGAUCUGACGCCUGUGUGAGUUGCACUACCUGGAAAUUUUCUGUGUAUUUGUGAUCUUAUUGUUUACAAUAGCUGCAAAAUAAAAUACUGUGAAUGGAAACCUUCAAGUGACCUGCUGAUGGGUCUUUACUUGUUGUAGCGGAAAAGUGCAAUUAGUCACAACAACAACUCCUGCAGCAUGAAAAUGGGAGUUUUCUCACAGCAUCCAAACACUGUCCUGUGUUGGAUGAAUCCAAGCAGCUGCGUUGGUCAUGUUAGAGCUGCAAAUACUGUCUAGUAGCAACCUGACUGUGGAGCUUCAUGUGGAUUUUGUUACGUCGAAAAACAGACUUUACAGAAACACGUACUUCCGAGUCAUAAGUGCAACUCGACAGAGGAAAGCAGCAUAUAGGUUGCAUCAGUUUUUAAAUGGGUGAUAUGAAUCCAGUUGCUUUAACCCAUUACUGCUUGAUAUGCCUGGGUCUGUGUUUACAGGUUGCUCUAGGUGCUAACAUUUGCAACCUAAUGUUCCAUAUUUCUGUCUGAAGCUGAACACACAGACAGGCAUUCUGUGUUUUUGACACCUUAAACUCGUCACGUUGUUCCACUACCUAUGACACAAGUUGGCAGCUGAGUGCAGCUCGUUGCCUAAAUCACCUUUCAUUGGAUGCAUAUACGGAAGCUAUACACCGCUCGAGUGCAGGGUGAGCCAGAGGAGGGCUUUAUUAUUCUGCAGGAGGAUAAAUAUGCACCUGUAGUUGAGUUUACAAAAAGUUUCAGCUUUACAAAAGACAGCAACGUGUAGAUUGCAUCAGUUUUCACUAUGGUUAUUAUAAACAGUGUCUUCAACUCAUUAAGAACCUGAUAAAAACAUGUGUACGUGUGAGUGUUUUAGGGAAUGUUGGGUUUUCCUCACUGUUAAUGACUUAAAGUUCCACUGAAACAAGAAUUACUGCUUCUUGUAAUGUGUUGUGUUUCUGUCUGAAACUGAAAAUUCAGACAGGAACUACGCAUAUUUGGAAAUGUUUUUGACAAGCAGCGUCUCAAACUCCUGAUUUGUUUUGCUCCACUAAUUAUGACACAAGUUGCUGAGCUGGCAGCAAACGUUCCCACAACAUUGGAUAACAUUACCUACAAGUUCUUUUUUUUUUUUUUAAAAGAAAAUGUUUUACUCAAAAGUUCCAAAAAUAAUUGUAUGUCCAAUAAUGUUUGUAUAACGUUAACACAAUGUUUUAAUGUCAACAUUCAGGAGAUAUUCUAUGAUAGCAAAAUAGGAACGUUAUCAAAACAACAUUCAAAACUUGUUUUCCAGACAUUAACAAGGCCUUUAUGAAACGUUUCUGUCCUGUGAUAUAUUAACAUGAAACAUUCUGUCUGCAAUGUUCUGGGGAUGUUGUUGAGGGAUGCAUUAUAGAACAUUCUUCUAAAAAACAUUGUCCCAAUGUUCCAUAAUAACAAAGGUAGGACAUUAUCAAACCAACAUUCAAAACACGGUUUCCAGAUUUUAUUGAGGCCUCAGAUGACAGAUGGUUCUUUAUGACACGUUCCUGUGUUCUGACCUAAUAACAAGGGUGGGAUGUUCUGCCUGCAAUGUUCUGUGGAGGUUUUGGAGAUGUUGUUGGGGAAACGGUGGAAUUCAGAAACAGGAAAAAUGUUCUCAGUUUGCUAUCCUACUUUUAGAACGAGCAUUCUGGGAACUAAAACAAUACUUCCUGCUGAAAACAUGAGCAGAACUUGGCAGAACUUUCUUAGAAUGUUUUUGCAGCUCUUUGCCCAAAGCACAUUUGAUUAGAUGAAUUUAUGCAGGCUGUCCUCCACCCAAGUGCAGGGUGAGUCACCAAAAGUGGUUUUACAUUUUGCAGCAGGACAAAACGUGUUUGUUUUGCAUUCAGUCAAUGAAAAUCCUGCAUCUGUCCUGAAUCAUUAUACUAGUAGAGAAUGAUUUGGUGCGGUGCUGCUCUGUCUGCCAACAGUUUUCCACCACAGCACUGCGUCCCGAUGGAGCAAACAUCACAGCAGUCAUGCUCCAGUCUUGUGCAUGAGCGUGACGUGGGCGAUGGAAAAGUGCAUCAUGUGUUUUUGUGAUUUCGUGUCUAAUCGAUGAUUCAGAAGGGGUCACAUGAUGAAGGCAGACUGCCGCAGAUCUUGCAGCGCAGCGGAGGUUCGCUCAGCUGAGUCUAAAGCAUCACACUGGUGCCACAUUCAGCAGCCAAAUGUUAGGGGUCUUUCUCUAAACUCCAAAAAAAAAAGAAGGUAACUGGAGGAGGAGAAAUCUUGGAAGUGGUUUUGUAUUCCUCUAAUUUGCCACAAGGACAGUUUUAAAUAAAGUGCGACCUACUGAAUGAGCAUAGAAGAGAGCCGUGGAGCUGAUUUUGCAUUUUGAAGAUGAAUUUGUUUUGCCUGUGAAAUCAGCUGUUUGAAGUUUGCUGUGAGAAAACAGGCCUGUAGGUGUCACAGCGUUGCAACCAGGAGGUUAUUAGUUCAGCUUGGGGUACAAACUGGGAAAGUUUAAGAAGGGAUUAUGUGGCAUUUGCACAAUGCAUGUCAACGUCUGCCCCUAAAGAGUUCCAGCAAAAAGUUGGAGAAUAACAUCAGACAUGCAUCACAUUACAGAAAAAGAGAUGAUUGUGCUAAAAUGAUCCAGAUUCUGCAGCUUCAGUUUUCUCCUCCUGACCACAAGAUGGAGCCAAUCUUUAUUCCAGCACUUCUCUGGGUUGAUAAAAUCUUUUAACUGUAGGAAGGAAAAAAUAAAACAAUGCAGUACUUUCACAGUACAACACAAUCCUCUGGGUUUUCAAGGAUAUACACAUUUUUUUCUUCCUGUACAUUUCUGACUUACUGAUUAAAUUUGAACAAAAAAUGGCAAAUGCUUUUGCUUUUUUAGCGAAAAUGCCCGAACUAAACUGUGGUUUUUGUUCACACUUGCAUGAUUUUUGUAUGACAGCAGUAAUCAAAUCAUUCUAAAAGCAAUAGAAAAGCAUUCAUGUAUGUGUUAUAGCAUUUAAAAAUAAACUUAAUCUUUCUUUUUAUUGAACAAAUGGUA